UUUUUCAUGCAUUGGUUGCCCAACCACAGGAAGGGUUUGGUUUAGACACACAGCACUGUUAAAACAGUUCAUUAAUGUGACAUUAUGGAGUCCAGUGUGCUGCCUCUUAUACUCUUGCUGAUGUCUAACAGCUACUCUGAACAUACUCCAGGUUCUGUUGUGAAGGCAGAUUCAGAGACAGGAGGAGAAUCUAAUUCACAAGAGAGACCUAAACCUGUUCUGACUGUAAAUCCUAAAACAUCACAGAUAUUCAGAGGAGAGACUGUUACUCUCACAUGUGACAUACAGGGGACAGAAGUGACACACUGGACAUACAGAUUGCGGUGUGAUGGUGCUGAUGUUCAAGACUUUUAUAAGAAAGAGUUCAAGAUUACUGCAAUGGACAGCAGAUACAGCUGUAAAUGCAAGUGUUUCGCUAUCAGCACAUCUAGACAAUUCAGAUCUUCCUUCAGUGAUGAAGUGUCAUUUACUGUCAUCGAGAGACCAAAACCUGAAGUGACUGUAAAUCCAGAUCAUCAUGUGUUCAGAGGAGAGACUGUCACUCUCACAUGUGACAUACAGAGAGAAACACACACUGAGUGGAGAUACAGCUGGUUUAAAGAUGGACACAUUCACUCAUACACAUCAACUCCAGAUCUCAAGAUCAGAUCUGUUUAUGAGUCUGAUAGUGGUAAAUACAGCUGUAGAGGAGAGAAAAUCAGUGACUCACAGAGAUCAGACAUCAGUGAUGCUGUUACACUGACUGUAUCAGAGAUUCCUAAACCUGUUCUGACUGUAAAUCCUAAAACAUCACCGAUAUUCAGAGGAGAGACUGUCACUCUCACAUGUGACAUACAGAUGACAGAAGUGACACACUGGACAUACGGAUGGCAGUGUGAUGGUGCUGAUGUUCAAGACUUUAAUGAGAAAGAGAUCAAGAUUACUGCAACAUACAGCAGAUACAGCUGUAAAUGCAAGUGUUACGCUAUCAGACCAUCUGGACAAUUCACCUCUUACUGGAGUGAUGAAGUGUCAUUUACUGUCAUCGAGAGACCAAAACCUGUAGUGACUGUAAAUCCAGAUCAUCAUGUGUUCAGAGGAGAGACAGUCACUCUCACAUGUGACAUACAGAGAGAAACACACACUGAGUGGAGAUACAGCUGGUUUAAAGAUGGACACAUUUACUCCUCAUACACAUCAACUCCAGAUCUCAAGAUCAGUUCUGUUUAUGAGUCUGAUAGUGGUAAAUACAGCUGUAGAGGAGAGAAAAUCAGUGACUCACAGAGAUCACACAUCAGUGAUGCUGUUACACUGACUGUAUCAGACUCAAAGCUCAAUCCUGAACUCACAUCAGAUACUGCAGGAGCUGCACUGACAGGAAACACGGUGACUCUGAUCUGUCACAUGACUCAGACCGCUGGAUGGGACUUUUACUGGUACAAACACACACAGAACUCUGAGAAAAAGAAGACAGAAACAAACUCCUACAGAGUCCAUAUUGAUUCAGUGUCUGAUGGAGGUCAGUACUGGUGUAGAGCUGGAAGAGGAGAACCAGUUUACUACACAAACUACAGUGAUGCACUGUGGGUCAAUGUCACAGUGUCACAUUCAUCAGAUCAGAUUUCUGUCUUACACACUCUCAGUUCUCUUCUGGCAGUUUGUCCAUAUCUGAUCGUGACAGUCGUGCUGGUUUUUAAAUGCUACAGAGCGAGAGUUUCAUCUGUUGAAGAUCAAUGUCAGUAUGCAGUAACAGAGGAAGAAACUUCAAUAUGAAUCUCUUUAAAAAUGUUCAGAAUACUUUUUUUUUACAUUCCUGUUAAAUUACAUAACUUUUAUUUUAUCAUACAUUUCGUUCUUUUUUUAUUUCUUCACAUUGUUUGCUUUUAUUUGAAAUAUUUUACAUAACCUUAAAAUACAGAACUUUAUGUUUGGUGCUGUUAUCUGGGCUUUGUGAUGUUUGUCUGUUCUUAAUUCUGGUCUUUAGUCUUUAGUUUGAUUUAGUUUCGUGUUCUAGAUUGCAUUUAACUUUUUAUUGUUCAAAUAAUUAGUAGGAUAAUAUAUAAUCUGGUUUUAUUUUGUGGAUUUGUGUGUGAUCUUUUUUCUUAAAAUUAAUUGUGUGCCCUUGGGUUUUAAAAUAUUCUUUAAAAAAAAAAAACUUUCUACCAAUAUUUAUAAACAGAGCUUAAGGCAAAUGUUGCUGUUUUAUAUUUGUAUUACUAACAUGUUGCUGUUAUCAUUAUUAUUUAACAAUGUUCUUUAGGUUUUGAAACCAAUAAAGUAUUGCUAUUUUUAUUCU